GUGGAGGAGAAUGAGAUUGAAUGCUGACUGUAGGCCUGGCUGAGAAACAUACUGUCAUCGGUGUCUUAGGUGGCUGUUGUGUCCCUGAGAGCCAGUGGCCUUCGACCCCUGAAGCCACUGUGCCUGAAGCAAAAGAUGGAGGACCCAGGUGCAAGGCACAGCCUCCACCUGUGCAAAUGCCAAGGCCUGGUUUCCAAAGAGGAUCUCAGUCCAAUAAAUUCCGGUCAUGCGCCUUGAGUCACAUUUGCUAGUUUAAAUCUUGUCUUACAAGAAUUCAGCUUCAAUAUUUCAUGUGGCAAAUACAGACUUAGGUUUGGGAUUCUUAAAAACAUGGAUCAAGAUUUCUAUUCUCCUCUGUUGAGGAUUUCUCUUUAUUUAAGCCUGAAUUCUUCUCUGUGAGGGUGGUGAGGCCCUGGCACAGGUUGCCCAGAGCAGCCCCAUCCAUGGACGUGUCCAAGGCCAGGCUGGAGGAGGCUUGGAGCAAGCUGGCGUAGUGGAAAAUGUCCCUGCCCACGGCAGGGGCUUGGAAUGAGAUGGUCUUUAAGAUCCUUCCAACCUAAACCAUUCUAUGAUCCUAUGAUUCUAUGAUGAAUAUGCCAGUUAACCUUUAACUGAACUGGUUGCAUGUCUACUAAGCAAACUGUUGGGUUUGCUACCAGAGUUACCCUUGAGUAACUCUGUUACUCAAGUUUUGCUCUUUCCAGAAUAUGGCAAUAAGUGAAUGGAAAUUCAUGCAAAUUCAAACAUUCUGCCUCCUGUUCAGAUAAGUUCCAUGGUUUUGAGUAAAUGACCUGCUUGGGUUUUGUUUAUGCUCUAAGCUGAUCAAAUGUGUGGUAAAAAGCAGAGUAACUGUAUUAAAUGUAUUAAACACAGGCUAUUACUGGGUUACAUUAGUGUUACACCAAUACUAAUGUGGGAUACAGUUAAUGGUACAUUGAUAUGCAUGUUAAGUCUACAUUAACAUCCCGCCUGCUUUAUAACUGUUUGUUGCCUUGAACUUAGACAUCUCUGAGCAUAUUUCCUAAUAAUGUUGUUUUAAAUUUCAAUGCUGAACAGUGGCACAUUCAGAACUCUUCUUAUCAAAUGUACUGUUCUGUUGAUGAUAGGUCUGUUACCUACUAUCUUGGGGUUAAAGGGACUAAAACCAGUAAUACUUUACCUUGGUCAUUGGUGAAUUGAGAGUUUCUGACUGAGGACAGAGAUCUUUGCCUAAAAAUAUUGGAAAGAGUAAAUAUUUUUACAGUGUCAGCUAUUGGUAAUUGUGCCUUUGUGUUCUUUCUUUUUCUUGCAGGAGCUUUUACGCAGAAAUGAACAUUUAUGUGAAGCAGCUGGGCAGAAGGAUUUUCAGUCGCGAGCACGGAUCAAACAAAAAGCUGGCAGCACAGUCCUGUGCUCUUUCCCUGGUCAGACAGCUCUACCACCUUGGUGUCAUUGAGCCUUACACUGGGCAGACGAAGAAGAAAGGAGAAUCGUUGGAGCCCUAUGAGGUGUCACUGGCUUCUGACUUACAAAAUCAUCUGCAAAAGACGAUACGGGAGCUGUCCCUGGAGAUUGUGCCUUUGCCUGAAGAUCCCAGUCAUCCAGUUCAGAUCAACGUUGGAAAGUUGGCCCAUUUCGAACCAUCACAGAGACAAAGUCAAAUGGGAGUUGUUCCGUGGUCACCACCUCAUUCCAACUGGAACCCUUGGACUGGCUGCAAUAUUGAUGAGGGUCCACUGGCAAAUCUCACUCCGGAGCAAAUAAGCAUGGAUCUGAAAAGUGAUUUCAUGUACCGGCUGGAGCAGGAUAAGGAAUUGCAGAGGAUCCAAGAAGAGAGAGAGGCCUUACCUGUGAAGAAUUUUGAAAGUGAAAUUCUGGAUGCAAUCCAUCACAGUUCUGUUGUUGUCAUCCGUGGUGCCACUGGCUGUGGCAAAACCACUCAAGUGCCCCAGUAUAUCCUGGAUGAAUACAUCAGAACCAACCGAGCUGCUGAGUGUAACAUAGUGGUGACACAGCCCCGGAGGAUCAGCGCGGUUUCUGUAGCGGAGCGUGUGUCCUACGAGAGGGGGGAAGAGCCCGGGCAGAGCUGUGGGUACAGCGUGCGCUUCGAGUCUGUGCUCCCUCGGCCACACGCCAGCAUCAUGUUCUGCACUGUAGGUGUUCUUCUGAGGAAAGUGGAGACUGGGAUCCGCGGCAUUAGUCAUGUUAUUGUUGAUGAGAUCCAUGAGAGAGACAUCAAUACUGACUUCCUUUUGGUGGUGCUGAGGGAUGUCAUUCAGGUGUAUCCUGAAAUCAGGGUUGUCCUUAUGUCUGCCACCAUCGAUACCAGUAUGUUUUGUGAAUACUUCUUCAACUGUCCCAUCAUAGAGGUCUAUGGGAGAACCUUUCCUGUCCAAGAUUAUUUUCUGGAAGAUUGUAUUCAAAUGACUCAGUUUGUCCCUCCGCCAAAGGAAAAGAAGAAAAAAGAGAAGGAUGAAGAAAGUGCUGAAGAUGACGAUGCCAACUGCAACCUUAUUUGCAGCGAUGAAUAUGGCCCAGAAACAAAGCACUCCAUGGCUCAGCUGAAUGAGAGGGAAACCUCUUUUGAACUCAUUGAGGCUCUGCUGACUUAUAUCAGGACUCUGAAUGUCCCAGGAGCUGUCCUUGUUUUCUUGCCUGGCUGGAACUUAAUCUAUACAAUGCAGAAGCAUCUAGAAAUGAACCCACGCUUUGGAAGCCACCAGUACAGGAUUUUACCUCUGCAUUCCCAGGUUCCUCUGGAGGAGCAGCGUCGAGUGUUUGAUCCUGUGCCUCCUGGGGUGACCAAGGUCAUUUUAUCUACCAGUAUUGCCGAGACCAGCAUUACCAUCAAUGACGUGGUCUUUGUUAUCGACUCUUGCAAGCAAAAAGUGAAGCUGUUCACUGCUCACAACAACAUGACAAACUAUGCCACGGUCUGGGCAUCAAAAACCAAUUUGGAGCAGCGGAAAGGCAGAGCUGGGCGCGUGCGAGCCGGGUUCUGUUUCCGUUUGUGCAGCAGAGCUCGCUUUGAGAGACUUCAGACGCACAUGACGCCUGAAAUGUUUCGAACGCCACUUCACGAAAUUGCUUUGAGCAUCAAGCUGCUGCGGCUGGGAGGGAUCGGGCAGUUCCUGGCCAAAGCCAUCGAGCCGCCGCCCCUGGACGCGGUGAUUGAAGCAGAGCGCACGCUGAGAGAGCUUGAUGCCCUGGAUUCCAAUGAUGAGUUGACACCUCUUGGAAGAAUCCUGGCCAAACUUCCCAUUGAGCCUCGUCUGGGCAAGAUGAUGAUCAUGGGCUGUAUUUUUUAUGUGGGAGAUGCUGUUUGUACCAUCUCUGCAGCUACCUGUUUCCCUGAACCUUUCAUCAAUGAAGGCAAACGCCUGGGAUACGUCCAUAGGAAUUUUGCUGGGACCAGGUAUUCAGAUCAUGUAGCUUUGCUCUCUGCCUUCCAAGCCUGGGAUGAUGCAAGAAUGGGUGGUGAAGAAGCAGAGAAAAGAUUUUGUGAACACAAAAGACUCAGCAUGGCCACUCUUAGAAUGACUUGGGAAGCAAAAGUCCAGCUAAAAGACAUACUUAUUAGUUCUGGCUUUCCUGAAGAAUGUUUGAUGACUCAACCGUUUAACAACACUGGCCCUGAUAACAACCUGGAUGUUGUCAUCUCCCUGCUGGCUUUUGGGGUCUACCCCAAUGUCUGCUACCACAAGGAAAAGAGGAAGAUUCUUACCACUGAGGGGCACAAUGCUCUCAUUCACAAAUCGUCUGUCAACUGCCCAUUCAGCAGCCAGGACAUCAAGUAUCCAUCACCCUUCUUUGUUUUUGGAGAGAAGAUUCGAACACGAGCUAUCUCUGCCAAAACCAUGACCUUGGUGAGCCCGCUGCAGCUGCUCCUCUUUGCUUCCAAGAAAGUCCUGUCAGAUGGGGAGCUCAUUCUGGUGGAUGACUGGAUCAAGCUGAAGAUGCCGCACACAGCAGCUGCCUGCAUCACCGCCCUGCGCGCUGCCAUGGAGGCGCUGGUGGUGGAGGUGACCAAGGACCCUGGCGUCGUCCGGCAGCUGGAGCCGGCGCACGAGCGCAUGCUGACCGUGAUCCGGCAGCUGUCCCGGCCGGCGGCGGCGGGGAUGGCACUCACGGCUGCCAGCACCAGGUUCGGGGACGGCCCCCGCCCGCCCAAGAUGGCUCGCUACGCCAACGGGGGCGGCCUUCGGGGCCGGGGAGGCUACGGGCACGGCCCCGGCCGCAGCGGCAGAGGCUACGGCGGAUACUCCGGCUGGCACUCGGCGGGAAGAGGAUUCCCUGGUAAUCCUGGGGGAGGCUACGCAGCUGGGGCUGCCUGCCGAGGAGGAGGGUACCGAGGAGCAGGCAGGGGCUACCGAGGCGCCUGCUGGGAUGCGGGCAGAGGUGGCUGGUAGUGGUAGCAGUUCAGGGGAGUCUUUCCACUUCAACAAAAGUGCAUUUCCUUCCCAAAUUCCUCUCUUCCUCUUCCCACUUUGUAUGGGUUUUUUUGGUUCCUUAGUACAAUUACAGUUCUGUAAUAUAUUAUGCCCUUAGGGAAUUUCCUGCAAGUUGUAUUAUUUUAUUGUUAAUAAAGAGUUGUUUCUAAAGACUUGCAUACUAUA